GGGUCACAUGGGGGCCGGGCUGUGUGGACGUGGUCUCAAAGUGUUUCCUGGACUCAAACCCUUCACCCACUCCUCCAGUGGUGACAGGUAAAGACUGAGGUUUCAGUUUUUGGGUGAACUAUCCCUUUGAGUUGGUGGUUUUAAAUGUAAAAAGCUGUAAAUUCCCGGUGAGCUGAUGGGGUCAUGAAGGGGUCAUGAAGGGGCCGUGAAGGGGUCAUGAGUCCGUGAAGCAGCGUGCAGGUGAGAAGCGACAUGUCGGACUGGGAAGAAGACCCAGCCCUCCAGAGACCGGAGCCCAGGCCGCCAUGCGAGGACCGGCCACGGGAACGUGUGUUCCACGGUGAGAGGGACGGACCCAGGUUCGGAGGCCCCCGGUUCGGAGGCCCCAGGGACUGGAGACCCGAGCGGAGCGACGAGCACCGAGUCCCGGGAGGUGGACGCGAGGGCACGGACCUCGGAGGAACCCGGGAGCGACGGGGCUUCGGCGGUGAAAGGUCGGACUUCUACCCGCCUGUGACACUCACCGUGGAGAACACUUCUGUCGGGAGAAUAAUAGGUCGCGGAGGAGCCAAAAUCCGUGAACUUGAAGAAAGCUCGGGUGCCAGGAUCAAGAUAAACCGGGGGGAUUAUGAAGGUGAGGUGCUCAUCUUCGGCUCCUCUGCUGCCCAGGAGAAGGCCAAGGAGAUGAUUGAACACUUGUUGGCAGAUGGCAACUCUAGAUUUUGCAAUGAGGCUGGUAAGGCAGGAGACUAUGGAGGAGUAAGCAACAACUCAGUCUGGUCUUCUGACCAGUUAAAGGCCUCCAGUGAAACUCCACCCCGACCAUCCAUAGAUUGGAACUCCAUCCGGGAGAACAGGGACAAGUAUGAAGAGAUCAAGUGGCAGGACCUCCCACCCAUGAAGAAGAAUUUUUACACGGAGGCCGAGAGUGUAUCCAAGCUGCUGGCAGAGGACGUCAGUGAAUGGAGGAAAGAGAAUAACAACAUCUUUGUGGACGACCUGAAGGAGGAAGGGGAGAAGCGGCCCAUUCCUUAUCCCUGCCGAACCUUUCUGGAGGCGUUUGAACCUUUUCCAGAGAUCAUGGAAAAUAUUGAGCGAGUUGGCUUUGUCAAACCAACCCCCAUCCAGUCUCAGGCAUGGCCCGUGUUGAUGAGCGGAGAGGACCUGAUAGCCAUUGCUCAGACAGGAACUGGGAAAACUCUGGCUUACCUACUGCCAGGGUUCAUCCAUAUGGACGGGCAGCAUGUACCAAGCACUGAGCGCAGGGGUCCUGGCAUGUUGGUGCUGACUCCCACCAGAGAGCUGGCCCUGCAGAUUGAAACUGAGUGCAACAAGUACAGCUAUAAAGGCUACAAAAGUAUCUGCAUCUACGGUGGAGGGGAUAGAAAAGGUCAGAUCAACCUGGUGAAGCGCGGAGUGGACAUAGUCAUCGCCACGCCAGGACGACUACACGAUCUACAGAUGAACGAGCUCAUCAAUCUUCGCUCCAUCACCUACCUGGUGCUGGACGAGGCCGACCGAAUGCUGGAUAUGGGCUUCGAACCUCAGAUAAUGAAGAUUCUCCUGGACAUCCGCCCAGACCGACAGACUGUCAUGACCAGUGCCACCUGGCCCACCGGUGUGAGACGACUGUCCAAGUCCUACUUAAAGAAUGCCAUGAUGGUUUAUGUCGGCACCCUGGACUUGGCGGCGGUUAACACGGUGGAGCAAACCGUGCUGAUCGUCCACGAAGAAGAGAAAAAGUCCUACGUGUUUGACUUCAUCAAAAACAUGCUGCCCCAGGAUAAAGUCCUCAUCUUUGUUGGCAAGAAGCUUGUGGCUGAUGACUUGUCCAGCGACAUGUGUCUGCAGGGUCUGGCUGUGCAGAGUCUCCAUGGCGACCGUGAGCAGUGUGACCGCGAAGAAGCCCUCAAGGACUUUAAAGAGAGUCGAGUUCGUAUCCUGGUCGCCACUGACCUGGCAUCCAGAGGGUUGGACGUCCACGACAUAACACAUGUCUUUAACUUUGACUUUCCACGUAACAUAGAGGAGUAUGUCCAUCGUGUGGGCCGCACUGGCCGAGCUGGACGCUCGGGCGCUGCCAUUACCCUGGUAACAAGAGACAACUGGAGGAUGGCCCCUGAACUGAUUCAUAUCCUGGAGCGAGCGGGACAGGAGGUCCCUGAGGAGCUGGUGCUCAUGGCAGAGAGAUACGAGAAGCACAAGAGGGAGAAGGAGCUGUGCAGUCCGAGGGGAGAACAGGGGCGUGGAGGUGGGGGAGGAUGGGGCGGGGGCGGGGGGAGGAGAGAAGGCGGAGGGAGAGGAGGCAGAGAUCGAAGCCAGAACUGGGGUUUCUAAUACGUAAGUGUUUAUAUAUAAGUCCACACAUGCCACAAUGCCCCCGGCAGAUUCACAGAUGGAAGUGGAAAUGUACAGAUAAGAACUUUAACAUUCACACGUUUGACACGAAACAAGAGUCUGUUCAGAUAAACUCAUUUCAUCGGUCUGGUGUUCUAAUAAGACUAAUGUUCAUUUUCUUUUUGUGUAGCAGAAUCUGAAAAUGUGUGUUGUAAUUUCUUUUAUAUCUAUAUAUCUUAUUUGUUUUUGCUAGUUUCAUAUAAUUUAAACGCAGUUGACUUCCUGUUUUAAAAAUGUUUAAGAUGCACAAUUUGUACAGAUUUCUUCUGUUUUUGUAAUUCACAGCAGUGUUUUGUUACGUCAUUUCUUGACACCAUUUCAGUCUAAUAAAUUCUUGAAGAGA